AUGGAUAUGUGGACACAAAAAUCUAUAUUGAUGGAUUUUGAUGAAAUAGAAUGUCUAACUAUUCAUAGUUUUGAUGAUGCCAUAAAAGAGAGAAAGGAAGAAAGAUCAAUGAAUGGUGUCCAGCUCAUUGGAAUAGAAGACAAUUGCAUUCAAUGCAGAGCUAUUUGGAAAGAUUAA